AUGCUGCGACUCGUCCGCCGCGCUCGUGGGGCGACUUCAAUCGCUCGGUUCUCGGCGCCCGUGCGUCGGAUAUCGCUGCUUCAACGCCGACAUGUUAGCUGCUCGUCAUGGCUUUCAUCGGGUGCAGGUCCAACCUCCGGCGACGCAGUAGUCAUCGAGAACGAUGCCGCCAAAGUGACGCCCAUGGUGGCUCAGUAUCUCACCCGCAAGAAGGAGUAUCCAGACUGCAUGCUGCUCUUCCAAGUGGGGGAUUUUUACGAGUUUUUCGGGGACGACGCGCGACGAGCAGCUCAUCUGUUGAAUCUGGCUUUGACCAGGAAGACCAAGACGGCGCAGGGGGGUGCGCUGAGUGAGAUGUGCGGGUUCCCCGUUGGGUCGGUGGACUCGUUCGUGGAGAAGUUGGUUAUGCAUCAUGGCGUGAAAGUGGCGAUCUGCAAUCAAGUCGAGAGUGCAUCGAGCGCGAAAAAGCGCGGAUACAACGCUCUUGUCGACCGCCAGGUUGUGCGCAUUGUCACGCCAGGGUCUCUCGUUGAAGACACAAUGCUCACCCCAAAGGAGAACAACUAUUUGGCAUCGCUAUUUUACGACGGAGAUACGUGGGGUCUGGCAUGGGCUGAUUUGUCCACGGGCGAGUUUGUGUCAACCACGUCUACAAGCGAGAAACUGUCCAGCGCAAUAUUGAGGUGCUCACCAAAGGAAAUUCUGCUGCCGAGUUUGGAAGUUAAUGAUGAGGCGAAGGAUUCUGUGAAGCUUGAUUUACCCGAUGAUGCGGUCGCUUUGCUGGAAUCAGCCCUCCCUGACACCUGCAUGAAGACAUUUCGCCCUGUUGCAAGCUUCAUUCCGCGGCCUGCCACGUCAAACGGACGCCAAACCCGUGGAGCUUCAAUGAAAACACUUGAUGCACCGGAGCAGGCAGCAGUCUCAGCUAUCCUAGACUAUGUGGAUUUUACGCAUCGCGGAAUGAGCGCGCUGAUUCGGGCACCGCUUCAUGUCGAAUCAUCUGAUCACAUGAUCAUCGACUCGAGCGCGUGGAGGGGUCUGGAGCUUGCCAGGUCGCUCAACGGAUCCAAGGCAUCGAGUUUGCUUCAAGCAAUUGACUCGGCGGCCACACCUGGUGGCUCGCGGCUGCUUGCGGCCCACUUGGCGUCGCCGCUGAUGAACCUCGAGCUGCUUGAGCGUCGGCUGGACGCUGUGUCUUAUUUCUAUGACCAGGAGCGACUGCUUCUGCGUACGCGGAAGCAGCUCGCUGAGGUGUUCGAUAUGGAGCGCAAUCUGCAGCGGCUUUCAAUUGGUGCCGGCACUCCAAAGGACCUCAAGAACGUAGCGUCUACCAUCGACGAGGCCAAACGAUUAGUGGAGCUUAUACAGUCACACGAACGACUGAGACACAGUCGUCUUCCUGAUCUUCCUGGAAAAGAUGCCGCAGGCUUACCAGCACUGCUGGAGGACUGCUGCGAUGGUUGUGUCGCCACUGAGCAGCAACGCGUUGACAUUGCCAAGGCUGCGGAAGAAAUCCACGCAGCACUCAAGGACGACUAUGCGUCGCUCAACUCAAAGAGCGGAUUCGUGCGAGAAGGAUACUCUUCCGAGCUGGACAAGUGGCAAGCAAUUCUUCGGCACGACCCGAAAUCUCCUGAAAAGCAAGAACUUCAAGCCAAAUAUCGCGAACUGGUCGGAUCCACGAGGCUUCGCGUUGUUUAUCAGGCUGAAAAGGGCUACUUUCUCGACAUCCCACACGAUGAAAACGCCAAGCUGCUGAAGACUGACCGUGGACGCCGAGAGCUUGAGAAACUCACGCUCUUCCAGUCUCUGAAAAAUUCGGUAAGGUAUCGCAGUGAGGAGCUGCGUCAACUGAACCGGGAGCUCACAGAAGCGGCGGUGGAGGUCGACCGCGUUGAGGGCGACAUUUUUACGUCUCUCCGGGAUCGAGUGCUGCUGGUGCGCGACGAGUUGCAGUCGAUGGCUCAUGCCAUUUCCCAGAUCGAUGUCGUGUGCUCCCACGCUCAAGUGGCACUCGACCGCAACUUCACCCGCCCCCUGCUGGAUGGCAGCUGUGAGCUGCACAUUGAAGAUGGCCGGCAUGCCGUGGUGGAAGCUGCGCACCUGCGUGGUUCAAACUCUAAGGGUAUGCGAGCAUUUGUGCCCAAUAGUCUGCAUUUGGCAGCAGCACCCGUCGGCUCUUGCUGGUUGCUGACAGGUCCCAAUAUGGGCGGAAAGAGCACAUUCCUGCGGCAGAGUGCGCAUCUCGUGGUUCUAGCGCAAAUGGGGAGCUUCGUACCCGCGAAGUUUGCUCGUGUUGGGCUCGUGGACAAGUUGUUUUGUCGUGUGGGAUCGGCGGACGACCUGGCAGCGGACAAGAGUACGUUCAUGGUGGAGAUGCAGGAGACGUCGACAGUCCUAACGCAGGCGACUAGUCGCUCACUCGUGCUGAUGGAUGAAGUUGGGCGCGGUACUGCUGUCAACGACGGUAUUGCGAUCGCUGGCGCUGUCCUUGAAGCUCUGUGCGCGAAGCAGACGCGCACGCUGUUUGCCACGCAUUUCACUGCACUGAGCGAUCUGGUGGGUGACACGUGCAAUGGAGAACUUCGACCCUAUCGCAUGGAGGUGCUAGAGCAUCAAGUGGGAGGUCAGACCAAGCAGCUCGUGUUUUCGCAUCGAGUAGUCGAAGGUCUAGCAGCGCAAUCGUAUGGCAUCAACACCGCGGCGCUGGCUGGCUGCCCGCCUGCAGUGGUUGCGCGGGCUACUGAACUACUUCAUGAGCUCACAGACGACAGUGAUCAAGAUGCCACUGAGACUGACGAUGCCCAAGUUCUACUUCGGCGUGCUCAGGCCGUGCUGAAUUCCCUAAGCUCGACUCAGGCGCAACUGGUGGCAGGUGACGAUGAAGCUGCCAGUGGCCCGAUUGAUGCUCAUCAAGUGUUAGACGAGCUUCGACAGAUCCUGAACGGCAACCGCGCUUAA